AUGUCCCGCCGGCCGUUUUCGAUCGCUGAACUGGCGGCGCGCUCGCGACCAACGGGAUACGAUGCCUCCAGAUCUCUCAAGGACCUACUGCGCAUCGCCACUGCAGAGCGCAACGCAGGCGACGAUGCCAGAGCAGCCGGAAACGUUGAGGCCGCGUUUAUCCAUUUUGCCAAGGCCUCCACCCUCAUGCUCGAGGAGCUCCCUGGACACCCCAAGUUUGCGGAAUUGACGAAUGGACAGAAGGAAGCCGUCCAGGUGCAAGGCCAAAUCAUACAGGACCAGCUGGGGCAGGUCAAGUCGCUGGUGACCGAUCGAUUCAACGAGUCGCGUGCCAGACACCAGGAGGCAGAGAUUCUCCCCCCACCAGUGCAGACGCCCACUCCGACCCCGCAGCGACAACGACAGCGAACACAGGAUGCAAACCGACGGAGCACAGAGGAGCAGCGGCGACAGGAGGAAGAGAGCCGUGCACGACGAGCAAGGCACCAACACGAGGCACAGAUGCUCAUCGCAGAGCAGCGCAGACGACAACAGACGACGACCAAUGGCCAUGACCAAAUAAACAAUAUUGUGGCAAAUGCACGCAUCGCUCGCCAGGAAAAGGACCGACUCGAAGAACAGAAGCGAUUGCAGGAGGCCGCCAUGCUUGGAUACCCGACACCCGCAUCCUUGCGCACUCGCCCCGAGUCCUACGAGGCCCCGCCCCAGCCUACCGUUCCCCCAGCCCAGCACUAUGUUCCCGAACGAUCAGCCUCGGCUGCGGGUCUCCAGCGCACCAAUAGUACUGCGAGGGUCCACGCCCCAGUCCCGGUCCCGCCCCCCACAACAGCACCUGCCCCCGCCCCCAUCCCCCGUGCACCCUCCCGAACCGCUUCCCGAGCAGACAACCAUUACCAUCGACCCAUAUCGGACCCUCGCUCCCGGGAAAACCCUACUGCCUCUGCACCUCCCCGCUCCAGCUCCAGAGCUGACCACAGGCCGGUCCCCACCGCGAUACGAACAGAUGCCUUUGCCAUACGGAACGAGUCGGCUCCUGCGGCCUACGGUGCUUCAGCCGCUACCAAUGCUGCGUACAAUGCUGCCUAUGGCCCUGGACUGGCAUACGGCGCAAAUCCGCCGACUGGGACGAGUGUCCGACCGCGAAAGAUGAGUGUCACUUCGCCCGUCAAAGAGCGGCCCCCGGGAGGCGGUUUCAACGGUCCACCACCCACCACCCAUGCCCCUGUCCCACGACGACGAACCGCAUCCACAGGUCCUCAGAAGCCCCCUGUGUUUGCACCCGACCCACGCGCAAACGGCGUGUUUCCGACUCUGGAAAAACGACCCCCCGAACAACGAUCUUCAUACCCGACUCAGUCCCCCAUUAAACACCCUGCUCCUGCGUUUCCUAAUCCCGAACCAGCGACCAGGCCCGAGCCUCAGGGGAUUUUACCUCUCGAGAGCCCCUCUCACACAUUGGCGCGCGAGCCCGAGGUACAUGCACCUGCGCCUAGGAGAAAUGGUCCAAAUGGGCAUGGGCCGGUCAGAGGUUCGUCCUAUCCUCCGCCCGUGACGACCACCUCUCCACCUCCUGGCCCAAUCUCAUACCCGACCAUUAUGACAAUGCACCAGCGCGAACAAGGAUACUACCCUUCUUCCCACUCGAUGUUCUCUCUAGCAGGGCUAGCAACGGCCUUGACGGCCGAACGAGACAUCCAAGCAUUCGGUUCUCCUCCAAAGCAGCAUCUAAACACACCCCCUGCUCUCUUAUUCCAGCCUAAUCCGGAUCCUACGCCCCCCGGGUCAAAGGCACAGCUACCAGGCGGCUACGGGACACCGCCAUCCCAGACCCAGACCAAUUAUGCGACCCGUCCCCCGCCCGCAGUCCCCAUCUCCACACCACCCGUUUCUAUCCCGACCCACGAAGACGAGGAUCCGAGCCGUCUCCGCCAGGUCCUUCUCCCCGAAGAAGUCAUCCAAAAAUUCAUGUCCAUCGCGAAACCCAACACUCUCCGCCGGACCGAAACGUGCGGUCUGUUGCUCGGGAAGGCAAGGGGCGCCGGGUUUGCGGUCACGACCUUGUUAAUCCCACGCCAGCGCGGGACGAGCGAUACGUGCGAAAUGAUCGAGGAGGAGCUUAUUUUGGAUUUCCAAGAGACGCGAGGGCUGAUUACCCUCGGCUGGAUACAUACCCAUCCGACCCAGUCGUGUUUCAUGUCUUCGAUGGAUUUGCAUACCCAUUCGGGAUACCAGGCUUCUCUCAAAGAGGCAUUUGCGAUCGUUUGUGCCCCGUCUUCGAGUCCCAAUGUGGGAAUAUUCAGGUUGACGGAUCCGCCGGGUAUGCAAGUGAUUCUCAAGUGUACGGCCAAAGAGUCGUUUCAUCCGCAUUCGACUGGGAACAUUUAUACCGACGCAGACCAAGGACAUGUCAAAAUGGUCAAAAAGCUCGAACUCUCGAUUGUCGACCUUCGAAGACACAGUGGCUGA